UCGCUGUUGUUUACAUCUGCUGUGCCUCGUUUUGGUUCGUACAUUUCGGCUUUAAAUUCAGGGGUAGGCGGAGGAGACCUGUGACCCGCAGUCUGGUGUAUGGCAGAGACAGAAGAGCUCAGACCAGAUCAGGACCCACUCAUAGCACUGGAGACGAUGAACGUGUCGGACAGUGAGGAUGACUGUUACAAUGAGAGAACAGCUUUGGUGCCUUCAGAAACCCCACACUUCCAACGUACAGUCCCUGACUUAAGCAACCACCACGACUCCCCGUCAAGACACAGGGGCGUGUCCCGGAGGGAGGGGCCUGACUCAGCCUCCUCACUGGACGGGGAGCAGGAAGCGGACGAUGAGGAGCUGACGUUAAAAUAUGGCGCCAAACAUGUGAUCAUGUUGUUUAUCCCUGUGACGCUGUGCAUGGUCGUGGUGGUCGCAACCAUCAAGUCUGUCAGCUUCUACACUGAGAAAACUGACCAGCAGCUGAUCUAUACUCCCUUCAGUGAGAACACGUCCUCAGUCGGUCGAAGACUCCUGAACUCGGUCCUAAAUACCAUCAUCAUGAUCAGUGUAAUUGUCGUCAUGACAAUCUUCCUGGUGGUGCUCUACAAGUACAGGUGCUACAAGUUCAUUCAUGGCUGGUUGAUCCUGUCAUCUCUGAUGCUGCUCUUCUGGUUCAGCUUCAUGUACCUGGGUGAGGUGUUUAAGACGUACAAUGUGGCUGUAGACUAUCCCACUGUGGCACUGGUCAUCUGGAACUUUGGGGCUGUGGGGAUGGUGUGUAUCCACUGGAAGGGGCCUCUGGCUCUGCAGCAGGCCUACCUCAUCUUGGUUAGUGCUCUCAUGGCUUUGGUCUUCAUCAAGUACCUCCCUGAGUGGUCAGCCUGGGUCAUCUUGGGAGCCAUUUCUAUCUACGACCUGGUGGCGGUGCUGUCUCCCAAAGGGCCUCUGAGGAUGUUGGUGGAGACAGCGCAGGAGAGGAACGAGCCCAUCUUUCCUGCACUUAUUUAUUCCUCGGCGAUGGUGUGGACCGUGGGGAUGGCCGGUCCAGGAGAUGCCCAUAGACCAGACACAGAGGAGGGGGCGGAGGACAGAGCCAGAGGGGCGGAGCCUGAGAGGGCGUCAUCUCGAGCAGUUGCAGAGGAGGAGCUGGAGGAGGACCGAGGAGUGAAGCUGGGUCUGGGAGACUUUAUCUUCUACUCGGUGCUGGUGGGCAAAGCUGCAGCCACUGGAGGAGACUGGAACACCACACUGGCAUGUUUUGUUGCCAUCCUCAUUGGCUUGUGUCUGACGCUGCUGCUUUUGGCCAUCUUUAAAAAGGCUCUCCCCGCUCUCCCCAUCUCCAUCACCUUCGGACUUGUCUUCUACUUCUCCACCGACUUCCUGGUUCAACCCUUCAUGGACAACCUGGCCAAUCACCAGUUCUACAUCUGACAAAAGCCCCACCCCCUCACACACCUGGGAACAAGCUCCACCCACAAACUACUGACAGACAACUUGACCAAUUAAACGUUCUACUCUCUUGUGGUUCCAGACGUACAUUUUUUAAAGCUCCUGUAUUCUGUUAAACUGCCUUUUCUCUAUUAAUGCUGGUUGUAGACAAAAAAAGGCCUGGAGGUUUUUACCAAACACACAUUAUUUCAACUUAUAAUAUCAGACAUACCAAAGCUCAAGUGUACUUACAUUAAUAGUUUUCAUUUUGUUCCGUGCUUUAGUCCUGAUGAGUACUUGGUUUGGCCCUGUCCUAGUCUUGGUUUAGUCCUGGUCUACUCCUGGGUUAGUUCUAAUUAGUCCUGGUUUAGUCCUGGGUUAAUUCUGGACCAAUUCUGAUUCAGUACUUUUCCUAGUCCUGGUUUGGUCCUGGUCUAGUGUGCAUGUAGUACUUGGGCAGUGUUAAGCAGAAUAUUGGGCCUUAAAUGUUUAUGUCUAGAGUUUUCCUCAUAUCAAAAACCAGAACCAUGUCCAUUUUCAAGCUAUAACGUAUUUUG